AUGGAGCUAGUGGCCGAGUACAUCGGGCGGGAUGGGCAGCGGCAGCAGCUGCGGGUGUCGUGUGAGGCACCGGCGGGUGCUGACCCUUUGCAGGGCUUGUUGUCGGGUGUGGCUCAGAUGAGAGAGAGAGUGGUCGAGCUCCUCGGCCCUCUGGUUUCGGGGGACGCGCAGGACCCGGCGGCUGCGGGCCAGGACCUGAAUGGUGAUGACGAAGAUGAUGCAGAAGAUGAACGUAACAUUGAUAACAGAACUAACUCUGAUGGACCACCUGCAAAACGACCAAGAUCACUGUCUUAG